AAGCAAGUGGACAAUGGUGGAAAAUGCUUAAAGUAACAUAUGUAAAGAGUGCAGCAAAGUAUUUUUAAAGUUUAAACUCUGUUUUUUAAUACUAGGUGGGUAGGUUGAAAGCCAGAUGGUAUUUGGGUAAAAAAUGGAGUAAAAAUAAUUGUGUUUUUUUUAACUGAAAGUGAUUCAAAUAUUUUGGACUAAGAAGACAGUUGGGAGAUUGGGUGAUGGUUAUUAUUAAUUCUGGACUGACUAAUGCAUCUUUUGGUAAUUUAAGACAAAAUUGUGAAAUUAAAAACAUGAUCAAUUAGUCUCUGUGCUUAAUCCAUCAGUUUCUAUUUCAUUAUGGUUGUUUUCAAAUGUUUUGCAUUAAAAUCCCUCUAAACUUCAGAUGGAUCAAACCGAGCUUCUAGUCACCAUUUUAUUACGAGACCUUUCCAUAGAUGAAGGCAUUACAUAGCUGACAUAUUAAACUGUGUUCACCAUCCUAUGUUAGCGAUUUGCAUGGCAAGCAUCUCGAAACCAAAUGUCUCCAUGGGUUUUUCCACAGAAUGUAGAUUCAUAUCUCAACUGUGACAUUUCCAAAUGACUGCCAACUUUCUCAAAUCCAAGUGUGACAGAAGUUGAAAGCUCAAACGGAUAAGACAGCCACUUUGCUGUGUAUUCUUCACUUUUUCAUUAAUCUCUCUCUCUCUGCCUCUCUCUCUCUCUCUCUUUCUGCCUACAUGUCUUGACAAGUCAGAAAUUACGGUUUCCUUUUAAAUAGCUUCUUGUGUCUCAGUGCUCAGCUUAAAUACCUCGCUGACACUUAAGAUGUCUUUGAGUCAUCUUCACUCAGUAACAACACACACAAUGAGGAGUGUUGUUAUUGCAACCUAGUAAUUCUUACUUAUCCUGUGUUCACUAAAAAGCUUCCACCAAAAAAAUUCCUUUGUGCAUUUUUAUUUUAAUUAGGGAAAACCUCCCUUAGAGGACGUGUAUUUGUGGUGCUUUCUGUGUGUUUCGAAUUUACAUAGACAACAGCAGCAACCCCCUCGCCCCGCACUGGAGAGAAAAAAAAAACUACAUGCCUGGAGACGUGCAAAUAAUCGUCCAAUUGGGCUUUUCCUCAGAUUUGGGUACUACUGGAUUAUUCCUUGUGCAAGGAUUAUGGCUGUAAUCCCUUUUCCAAUCUGAGUUAAUUGUAUGGAAGUGUAGACUGUGUCAGACUGCAGACCAUGACAGGCAGGAGCAAUCUGCAGUCAGUCUGUGAGAUCCUGUCUGGACGGCAGCGUGGGGAAUUCCACCAGCAGACGGACAUAGCUGGAGGUCAAGAUCUGUUUUUGUUACAAGGACCCGGCUUUGAAAAACUGGUGUCUGUCUUCGAGCAACCAAAGUGACCCAUUUAGAAGCGACCCCGCGCUGACUGAGAACCCCAUGCGGAUGGAGUCCUAACUCCAGCGAAGUGAGGUGGCGUGUGGCCGGAAGCCAGUCCUCUAAUGGGGAAAGAGCUCUGUCCUAAAAAGCGAGGGGUGAGGGGCGGAGGUUGGGUCUGAACUGUUGAUCCUUCUUUAGAGAACUGUUGAGCUGUGCGAAGCGAUCCCGACAGCACCUCACUCUCGACAUCUCUUAUCCAAACCCGGCGGACGCUGUUCCCUCUCCUUUCUCUCUCCCCUUUCUGGGCGUGUGAAUGAGAGCCAUUGUCUGAGGCACGCUCCUGCCCUUAGGCCGCCCACUUCCAAUCCUGUUCCUCCUGCUCGUCUUGCUCUCCGCUGCCACUGGGCUCAGACCAGAUGCAGAGUCAGCUCCGGUGCUAACCGUCAUCAGUAGCUCUUCCUGUUCAGAGCAGAGUGGGGUGUACUUUGUAUCUGUGUGCUGGGCUGUCGCCAGCAGCAUCUGCUGCACAGCACUCACACACACACACACCCACCCCCUCUUCCAGAGCUCCCCUAAGAAGACUUGGACAGUCUCCUGGACCCAGUGCAGUCAAGCAUGGAGGCUGAAGCAAGCAGAGGGGGCUUAGAAGGGGAGCUGAUUGCUCGCAUGGCUAAAAGACAGGAGAGGAGGCGUCAAGAGCUGCUGGCGUUGGCUCUGGGAGUCAAGAUUGGGUGCAAGGGAAAUCUGCUGUGGAAGCCUAUUAAACUGCUGGCCUCCUGUCCACAGAUCUCCUCACCUGUGGUGCGACGGAGUGCCUUGAAAGACACGCCUGAGAAGCUGAGCUCCUAUGAAAAGAUUCACAACUUCAAGGUACACACCUUCCGUGGGCCACACUGGUGCGAGUACUGUGCCAACUUCAUGUGGGGCCUCAUUGCCCAGGGUGUCCGUUGCUCAGAUUGUGGCCUGAAUGUACACAAACAGUGCUCCAAACUGGUUCCCAGUGACUGCCAGCCGGACCUGCGCAGGAUUAAGAAAGUGUACAGCUGUGAUCUCACCACCCUUGUCAAAGCUCACAACACCACAAGACCCAUGGUGGUGGAUAUGUGCAUUCGAGAGAUCGAACUCAGAGGUAUGAAAUCUGAGGGUCUGUACAGAGUGUCUGGCUUCUCAGAGCACAUUGAGGACGUUCGACUCGCUUUUGACCGAGAUGGUGAGAAGGCGGAUAUCAGUGCCAGUGCCUAUGCAGACAUCAACAUAAUUGCUGGUGCUUUGAAGCUCUACUUGAGAGACCUUCCCAUUCCAGUCAUUACAUUUGACUUGUACUCCAAAUUUAUUCAAGCUGCAAGACUUCCAAAUGCCGAAUCCAGACUGGAGGCGAUACAUGAGGGAUUGCUGCAGCUUCCCCCGGCGCACUACGAAACCUUACGUUACCUGAUGGCUCACCUCAAAAGGUUAGCUCGUGUAUUAAAACGGUUACAUCUGUAAUCACUGCAACACCACAAUUUGCCUGAAAGACAUUUCCCGCUGUAAGCUUAACUUGUAUACACACAUUUUAUUUACAUACAUCUUGCUUUUGCAUUGCAUGCUGUUUGUCAAAAUUAUGCUUGUUCAC